GGCCCGUAGCGGGGCUGACUCGCGAAGUCAGAGGUCGCGGGGCGGAACUGCGUCGGUUGCCUCCUUCAGGGGCAGCUCGCGGUUCUUCUGGGCGGCAUCUCUGGCCUCGCGUCCGGCUCCCGCGUCCCAAACCGCGUCCAGUUUCCUUCGCUUCGCGCACCUGCACCCGCACGCUGCGCUCAGCCGGCCCCUGUUCCGCGAGCAUGGCCCUGGGCGCGGGGCCAGAGGACGAGUCGGAGGCCGAGGCGCUGGCCGGGGGCUGCGCGUUCGAGGCGUUCGGGGAGAGCGCGGAGACGCGGGCGCUGCUCGGCAGGCUGCGGACGCUGCGGGGCGACCCCGCCGCCCAUGAGGGCGCCCUGGAGCGGUUCCGAGUGAUCAUGGACAAGUACCAGGAGCAGCCUCAUUUGCUGGACCCACAUCUGGAGUGGAUGAUGAACUUACUGUUGGAUACAGUGCGGGAUAAAACCUCUCCAGCUGACCUUGUCCACCUGGCUUUUAAGUUUCUUUAUAUCAUCACCAAGGUCCGAGGAUAUAAAACAUUUCUUCGUUUAUUUCCUCAUGAAGUAGCUGAUGUGCUGCCCGUUUUGGAUAUGUUCACAGAUCAGAACCCAAAGGAUCAUGAAACAUGGGAGACCCGCUACAUGCUUUUGCUGUGGCUCUCUGUGACGUGCCUGAUCCCCUUCGAUUUUUCACGUCUUGAUGGUAACCUCCUCACUCAGCCUGGCCAGUCUCAAAUGUCCACAAUGGACCGGAUCCUCCAGAUAGCAGAGUCCUACUUGCUGGUCAGUGACAAGGCCCGAGAUGCAGCUGCUGUCCUUGUGUCCAAGUUUGUCACACGACCUGAUGUCAGGGAGAAGAAGAUGGCUUGCUUCCUGGACUGGAGCCUGUGCACCUUAGCCCACUCCUCCUUCCAGACCAUCGAGGGCGUCAUUGCCAUGGAUGGGACACUGCAGGCCCUGGCACAGAUAUUUAAGCAUGGAAAACGUGAAGACUGUUUACCCUAUGCUGUCACGGUGCUCCAGGGCCUGGACGGCUGCAGGCUCCCCAACAGUAACCAGACGCUCCUCCGGAAACUGGGGGUGAAGCUCAUGCAGCGGUUGGGCCUGACCUUCCUGAAACCCAGGGUGGCUCAGUGGAGGUACCAGCGGGGGUGCCGUUCCUUGGCCGCCAACCUCCAGCCCUCUACCGUGAACCCACCUACCGUGACCACGCAGGCCGAGAGCCCUGAUGAUGCUGAGGACUACGAUGUCCCUGAGGAGGUGGAGACCGUGAUUGAGCAGCUGCUAGUUGGGCUGAAGGACAAAGACACGAUUGUGCGGUGGUCUGCAGCCAAAGGAAUUGGCAGAGUGGCGGGGAGGCUUCCCAAAGAGCUGGCGGACGAUGUGGUGGGUUCCGUGCUGGACUGCUUCAGCUUCCAGGAAACAGAUAGCGCCUGGCAUGGGGGAUGUCUAGCAUUGGCUGAACUGGGCAGAAGAGGCCUGCUGCUUCCUUCUCGGCUGGCAGAUGUGGUUGCUGUGAUCCUGAAGGCGUUGACCUAUGAUGAGAAGCGUGGAGCCUGCAGUGUGGGUGCCAAUGUCAGGGAUGCUGCCUGCUACGUGUGCUGGGCCUUUGCACGUGCCUACGAGCCCCAGGAGCUGAAGCCUUUUGUGGCCUCCAUCUCCAGCGCCUUGGUCAUCGCCGCCCUGUUUGACCGCAGCGUCAACUGCCGGAGAGCAGCCUCGGCUGCUUUCCAGGAGAAUGUGGGAAGACAGGGCACAUUCCCUCAUGGGAUUGAUGUUCUAACCUCAGCUGACUAUUUUGCUGUCGGUAACAGAUCUAACUGUUUCCUUGUUAUAAGUGUGUUCGUUGCUGGCUUCCCCGAGUACACACAGCCACUCAUCGACCACCUGGUGACCUUGAAGAUCAGCCACUGGGAUGGGGUCAUCCGAGAGCUGUCAGCAAAGGCACUACAUAACCUGACCCCACAGGCGCCUGAGUACAUGGCCUCCCAGGUCUUCCCACGCCUGCUGUCAAUGACACAGAGUUUGGAUCUGCACACGCGGCAUGGGGCUGUGCUGGCCUGCGCGGAGGUGGCCCUCAGCCUGCACAGGCUGGCGGCACAGGAGGGCAGGCUGGUUACGGACUUCCUGGAUGAGAAGAUGGUGCAGGGCCUAAGAGAGAUCCAUCAGCAGCUUCACGAGCGUCAGCUAUACAGGGGCCUAGGAGGCGAGCUCAUGAGGCACGCAGUGUGCAUUUUGAUAGAAAACUUGUCCCUUGCCCAGAUGCCCUUCAAAGGUGACCCCAUUAUUGAGGGCUGGCAGUGCCUGAUCAAUGACACCUUGAGAAACCUCCAUCUUAUCUCAGGCCAUUCCAGACAGCAGGUCAAGGAAGCAGCUGUCUCGGCACUGGCUGCUCUCUGCAACGAGUACUACAGGACAGAGUCUGGAGAGGCAGUCCCUGCUGUGCAGAAGGAGCUGAUGAAGCAGUUUCUUGCCAUGCUCCAGUGCUCAGAGGAGAUGACGCGCUGUGGCUUCUCUCUGGCCCUGGGCGCCUUUCCAGGCUUCCUGCUGAAAGGCCACCUCCAGCAGGUGCUCUGUGGCCUCGCAGCCGUCACCCACAUCUCUCCUGAGGAUGUGAGCUUUGCAGAGGCCCGGCGGGAUGCCCUGAAGGCCAUUGCCAGGGUCUGCCAGACAGUGGGUGUGAGCUCAGAGGGUGCGGCGGACCAGGGCCUGUGCCAGCAGAAUGUGGCCGGCGUGUACGACUCCCUGCUGGCCUGCCUGCGGGACUACACCACCGAUAGCCGUGGUGACGUGGGUGCCUGGGUCAGAGAGGCCGCGAUGAGCAGCCUGCUGGACCUCACGCUGCUGCUGGCCAGGGAGCAGCCUGACCUGAUCGAGGCCGCCAUCUGUAAGCGUGUCUUGUGCGGCCUGGCCCAGCAGGCCAGUGAGAAGAUUGACCGUUUCCGUGCGCAUGCUGCCCACGUCUUCUUGGCCCUGCUGCACCCUGAGGGCCCUGCCAUCCCCCACGUGCCGCACCGUGCGGAGCUGGAGCUGCUGCUGCCCAGGUCAGAGGUGGCCUCCGUGAACUGGGCUGCAGCAUCCCAGGCCUUCCCGCGAGUCACAAGGCUGCUGGCGCUGCCCACCUACCGCUACCAUGUGCUGCUGGGGCUGGUGGUAUCCGUAGGUGGCCUGACAGAGUCCACGGUCAGAUACUCCACGCAGAGUCUCUUUGAGUUCAUGGAGGGGAUCCAGAGUGACCCCAAAGCCCUAGAGGACUUCAGUGGGGCCCUGCUGCAGGUCUUCGAGGACAACCUUCUGAACGAGAGGGUGUCUGUGCCGCUGCUGAAGACACUGGACCAGAUGCUGGCCAAUGGCUGCUUUGAGGUCUUCACCACCGAGGAAGACCACCCUUUCUGCACAAAGCUGCUUACACUUUGCAAGGAAGAGAUCAAGAAGUCCAAGGACGUGCAGAAGCUGCGGGCCAGCAUUGCCGUGUUCUGUGGCCUGGUGCCGUUCCCAGGCGGUGUCCGGAAGAAGGUGCUGCUACAGCUGUUCCUGCUCCUCUGUCACCCCUUCCCCAUGAUCCGCAAGACCACAGCCGGUCAGGUGUACGAGACGCUGCUCACCUACGGGGACACGCUGGAUGCAGACGCCCUGGAGGAGGCCCUGACGGUGCUCAGCAAUACAGCCUGGGAUGCAGAGCUUCCACUCGUGAGAGAACAGCGGAAUCGCCUGUGUGACCUCUUCCAUGUGCCCAGACCCCAGCUGGUCCCCAAGGACAGAGGGAGCUAGGUAUCUGCAGAUGUGCUUCGCCUCUCAUGGGGUCCCUCUCUGCAGACUGGCGCCUGCUGAUCCAGUCCUGGCAGUGCAGGCUCCCCCCCCACCCCCGCUCACUGUGGAGGACCCACGCAGUCUCAGCCGCUGCCUGUACCCAGGGACUCUGCCUGCAUCUCUUGGCCGGGAGUGGGGCUGUUGUCCUAACCUCCCACCUGCAUUUUAUAAAAUCAUGUGCUGAGCA